CUACUAUGUAUAUAUGCAUGCCCCAGGACAAGAGCUUGCUGUAUCUAUUCCAUUCUGUGUCUGCAAGCAGCUUAGUUUUCUGGUCCACCUGAUCGAUCCAUUUGGCUUCGUUUUUGCUAAACUUGUACUGGUUCAAUCCAGCUACGCCACAAUCAAGGAACGAAUUAAGCCAGCUGGAGUCUUUCCUGCAGAUCCAUUAGAUCAUGGGUUAGAUCGAACAAGCCAAUUCAACUCCAAAUGUACCUGACGAUCAAUUCGAUACAUCAUGACCAGGGGCAUCGAGCUCAAGGUAAAUACCAUCGAUGCUGCAGCAGGAGAAAUACUCGGUAUUCUGGAUGGCAUCAGCAAACACGAAAGAAAUAUCUACUUUUAUGGCUGGUGUUGUCUCGGGGCAUCUGCUGCUCUCAGAGUGGCAGCCCAACGCCUGAAAUCACAAGCUGCUAAAGGAAGGAAGUUUGACAAGGUUGUCCACGUGGAUUGCACAUUGUGGCAAAGCAUGAGAGCCCUGCAAAAGGCAGUUGCUGAGGAGCUAGAGCUUUCCCAGUCGGUGAUGGCCAUCUUUGAUCAGCAUGAUGAGGAGGAUGAUUUCAAUGGGAUAGACCAAGGCUCCAGAGGGGUUAUAUUGGAUGUCAGAGAGGAGAUCUUCAGAAAGCUUGCUGGCAGUACAUUUGUGGUGUUUUUCCACAACGGGAGCAACCACUACAUUGAUCUGUACGCGUGUGGUGUCCCUGUAACAACAUUUUUGAGUAACAAGGUCGUGUGGACCUGGGGUGGGGGUUUUCAUUUGCCCAAUGAAAGUCUGGAACGUCAGCUUAGAAACAAUGUGGUUGAUGUUUUCGUGGGAAGUGAAGAAUGGCACGAUCAUGUAUUGCAUGAAGAGGCCGCGGAGGUUGCCAAGCGCGUGGGUAUUCUUGAUCCUGAUAAGAUAGUUGAGUGCUUCCAGUAUGCUUGGGCAAGAAGACUUGUGAGUGAUAUUGACUGGGAGAUGCAUGCUUCAAACUAUUGGGUAAGCGACGGGAUUAUACAAGGUCAAGGCGAUACAUCGGCAUGGGAGGUUGGCAAUGCUUUGAAGAGAAACGUACACUUGGAUCGGAUUGUGGAGAAUAUUUACUAUGAGAAAGAGAUUGGUGGUCGCAUUUCCAGUCCUAAUGGCUGUUGGGUUUCAGCCACACACCAAACCCUGCUACAUGAUGAUAAUCGUGUGUUGCCUCCUCGGGCGACAUCCUUCUUCCUUCUAACAGAAGAAUCAGAGGGUAGGAGGGUGGUAUUACCAGCUGCCAUGUUCCCACACAACAAUAGGCUACGGGUGUUACAUCUAUCUUGGUGCACCUUCAGUUUUACAUCUCCUCCCUUCUUCUUUUGCAGCCACCUAAGAUUCCUCCUGCUGGACCAUUGCACAGAUGUCAGAGAGGAGAAGCAUCAAAGCAACAACCAAAGCGGAUCAUGUAUCCAGAAGUUGUGGGUGUUGGACCUGAGGUACACAGAUUGGUACUCAAAAACUAUGAUGUGUUUAAUGGAUGAACUCAGGGAGCUGAAUGUGGAGACAGACAAGGAUUGGAUGAGCAUAGUUGAUCGCUGUGGCAAUAGAACAAGCCUUGUCAAGCUCCGAGUAGCUACCGACACAGACUCUGCAACAGAAAUAGUCAUUCACUGUCAAGUCCCUAACCUGUCUAGCGCCAGCCUCCUUAAGGAAAUCAUCCUUGAGGACUGUGUUGGAUUGGAACAAGUUGUCCCUGAUGUUCUGCCACCAUUGCUUGAGUCAUUUAGUUUCUUCAUCACUGAUGAUGCUAUCCCUAAGAUAUCAAGCAUUUCCUUAGAGGGCCUUGCCAAAUUGAAGAGUGUGCUGCUAAGAGGGGUGAUGGAGAACCUCCAGGAGCUAGAUCUCUCGGGUACAGCAGUGAAGACCCUCGACCUCAGAAAAGUGGUAGCCCUGAACCUCAAGAAGCUCAUCCUACUGGGUUGUGAGAAGCUGCAAACAAUACAACAUCCAUCAAGUAACAAAUGGCCAAGGAGGUUCGAGGUGUUGCGUAUUGACACCAUCCGAUCAGCAUCAUCUGCCCAAGCUAAUUGGGAAGAGAAGACCAAGGAGACUAUUGCUGCUAUAGGAUCAUCUUGUAUUGCUGCAGUUCCUUCUGAAAAACCAGCUACAUCCUUUGAUUGGUACAUCUCUGUAAGGGAUGCAAGGCUCUUUAGGUCGCUAGAGCCCUUUGAAAAAUAUUUCACGAAGAAGUGUGGAUGUAUAGAGAUGGCGUCAUCACCUACAGGUAGUGUUGCUAUUGAUGAUAGUGGACGUGCUCAAGGAAUUAGAAAGCCUGGUCAUUAUUUAUAUGCAAGAGAUAUAAUCUUCCGAGACCACCUGCUGGCUGCUACUGCUAAUGAAGGUGCAAUCGGAUGGAUGUGGGCUUGCUCGUCUGUUCCUGCCGUUGAUGAAUUCGUGAGCUGGUACGUCCACAUACAAGAUGAAGAGGAGAUAAAGAGUGGAUUACUGCAGCAACAAGGCAACAUCCAAGGAACUAGUACUGGUGUUGCUUUAAUCCCUGAUUUUAUAUGUUACAGUGCUAUAACACUGCGUGUGCAUGAUAGCUUGUCCAUCACUAGCAUCCCAAGCCCACAAGUGCUAUGGUCGAGCAGGUUUACAAAAUCAUGGAGCUACCUUCGAUGGUGUCGAGUUGAGAGAUGCCCCAAGCUAAGCUCUGUAUUUCCUAUCCCCACACGAAGUGAUGAUGGGAAUGAUUAUGAGAUAGUUGAAUGCUUUUCUUGGUUGACCACGUUCCGGGCAUCCCAGCUCCUGAAGGCACGCUACAUCUGGAACUGGAGUACAACAUGCAUACCCAGUAAAGAUUCCUUUCAACGCCUAAAAUUCUUGCACCUAGACUAUUGCCCCGGGCUCAUACAUGUGCUCCCCUUAUCCGUAAAUAUGACUACCUUGGGGAAACUAGAGACCCUUGAGAUCGUGUGUUGUGGCGAUCUCAUGGAGAUCUUCCCUUUGGACCCUGAGCGCCAAGAGAAGCAAACAAUUAUAAAUUUCCCCGAGCUUAAGCACAUCCACCUGCACGACCUCCCCAAGCUGCAGCGCAUCUGUGGAAGUACGAUGUUAGCCCAGAAGCUCGAGACUAUCAAGACAAGGGGCUGCUGGAGCCUGAGGCGCCUGCCCGCUGUUGCCAAGCAAUGCCCCGAGGUGGACUGCGAGAAGGAAUGGUGGGACAGCUUGGAGUGGGACGAGGGUGAUGCGAACCACCGCCCUUCGCUCUACAAGCUGAGCCACUCGAGGUACUACAAGAAGGCCCAGCUGCCGAGAGGCACCGUACUCAGGUAAUCCACCCCUUCCAUGAGUUCAUCUUCAGUUUUCUUCAACAUAAUGUGCAUGUUGAUCUACCAAGUUGAAGAUUUCUCUGCGAUAUAUGGUUGUGUAUGUUGCCUAUACCCAAAGUCAUGUUGCUUGAUUGGUUUGUGUGUGCUCUGCAUCCGCAUUGCCAUGGUGUGGCUCUGCAUCGGUCUACAUUGUUGACGUGCUGUUGCGUCUUCCAGUUUGGUUUUGAUUGGCCCGGUCAGCUUUGCUGGAUCGAUCCAUACCAGCAUGCAUCAAAGCAAGUACUUAUCAUCUGGUUGGAGAGAUGAUGGUACAUGCUCUGAGCAGAGAGAAAUAAAUAAGAGUGGCAUCCAGCUUAUGCGGCAUGAGCCCCUGACCCCGCUCAUGCUGCUGUUAUGCUCUCGCUGUGUGGUGUGGUGUGAUGUGUCAUUUGUCAGCUAUGGACUGAUUGUUGUAAUAAUUUGAUUGUGCGUGUGAUUUUUGCAAGAGCUGUGGAUUGUUAUUAACUUGGUAUUUGAGAUUUUUCAUCUAGCAAGCUUCAAGCUUCUAUGAUUUGCUCUGUUGCGCGUUGGUUCGAUGGGCAUAUACGUUUCUUACUGGCUAGCCGAGCCAAGAGCCGAAGGACUUCCUUUCUUA